AUGAAUUUUCUAGCAUCAAAAAUCCUAUUAGCUUCUUUAUUUAUUCUUUCAAUGACUUGCAUCAUAUUUCUUGUAUUCUCCUCUUACCAGAAUCAAAAUUACAUAAAAAUCUCCCACUUUAAGAAUGCUUUUGAUAUUGAUGAUCCUUAUAUUAAAGAAAGCUAUUGGCUAAAUACUUCUGAAAAAUCUGACAUAGAGAAUAAACCUAUAAAUAUUUCUGAUUCUUUGAAUACCCAAACAAACCCAAUUGAUCAUCGUAAUAAAUUAAACGAUACACAGAUUCCAAAUAAAAUUGAUGAAAAAAUAAAAAGUUCUGAUACUUUUGAGAUUUUCAAAAAAGAUGAGGAAAAUCAUACAGAAGAUAGGAUUGAACAAAGCAAUAAGGAAAAUGAUAAAGAAAAUGCUGAAUUUAGUGUUGGUGAUGAAAAUAUUCCUCAAAAUUAUUGAAGUUUAGCAAAGAGUCUUAUGGCUUGAAAUGAUGAUGCAAUUGACUCCAUAAAUACUGGAAAAUUUGAAAUGAGUCCUGACAUUUCGAGUUUUAACAAUGUCUCUUGUGUGCCGGAUGCGCUUGGCAUUAAUUCAGCUGAUUCUGUAAAAUUUUAUAACCCAAAUAUUACUUUUAAAAAAUGCAAUGAUGGAAAUCCUCCUUUUAUGUGACUAGAAGAAAACAAGUGAUUUUUAUAUAGUUCACUCGUAAUGAAUUGCACUGAUGAACCCAAAUAUGCUCUUGGAAGUCCUCCAGAAAACGAGGUUUUAGGUCUGCCAAUUGCCCAUCGAAAUAAUUGGAUUCCAUAUAUGUCCCCAGUCGAUAUUGGAAACACUGAAUAUGUCUAUGGCCGUUGUGGUGGUAUUCAUCAAUCUAUUCUAAAAAACAGAAGAUCUGAAACAGCUGCGGAUAGAGCUAAAAAUAUAGCCUCCCAAAUUAAGUCAAGCUUGAAUUUAAAGCAUGUAAGACCUUUAACUGUUGUCUAUAUCUUAAUUGAUUCAGUAUCAAGAUAUCAUUUUUAUAGAAGCUUGCCAAAAACUAUUGAUUUUUUAAACACAGAUCUUGUUUAUGGAAAGUAUAAAAAUAAUUUUGUUGGGUAUGAUUUUAUUAUAAACAAUGCAAUCGGAGGGAAUACUCCUCCUAAUAUGGAAACAAUAAUUUAUGGCCACAAUAAAACUGUUCAUGAUAAAUUAUUGGAUAAGGCUAAUCCAAGAAGAUGAUAUGAUAAGCCAAAGUUUGAUGAGGUUCAAAAAGAAGCAAUCUGAAGGAUUUUUGAGAAUUAUGGCUUUGUGACAGCAAUGGGAUAUGAAACUGUAUGGGAAUAUGCUUCAACUAUGUAUGGCCGAUAUGUUUAUACUGACCAUAGGAUUUUUAAUUUUAUUACUGCUGGAUCUCCACUAUUUCGAUAUAAAGAUAACACAGAAAAGCAGCGAUGCUACGGAACAAAAGAUCUUCAUCGCCAUUUAUUUGAAUAUACAAUAGACUUUAUAGACAACUAUUCAGAAAUAAAUAAAUUCAUUUAUUUACACCUUUCGGAAGCUCAUGAAAUGACUGGAACCGUCAUUCGUACAGUUGAUUCUGAUCUAAUUUGACUCCUCUCUUCAAUAUUUGAAAGAUUCAACGCAAAGACAGAUGAGGAUGUGGUGAUACUACUUGGAUCUGAUCAUGGAUUAUAUUCAUCCAAUUGGGAUGAUCGCUUUGAAAGUACAAUGGAAAAUCAUCUACCUUUUCAGUUUCUAUUUGCAAAUAAAAAGAUUAUUUCGAGAUUAGGCCCUCAUACAAAUGAAAUUUUAAGAAAAAAUACACAAAGGAUCGUAGGGAGAUUUGACUGAUUUUUGACUUUAAGGCAGCUUGCUGUUACUCCUUAUACUAGAUUAACUGAUACAAGCUUUAUAUAUAAUGAAUGAAAACAAAAUAUUCCAGCUUCUAAUGCUCAUAGUGUAUUUGUAGAAAAAUCGCUUGACAAUAGAACUUGUAGUGAGCUUGAUACAACUGAAAAUCAUUGCAGCUGCCCAAACUGAAAAAAUAUUGAUAAAAAUGAUGAAGAGAAAUAUUUUCAUGCCAAAACUUUAAUCGACCUAGGAAUGAAUUUAAUAAAUGCUCAAAUCAAUAAAACCAAGGCUUCCCAUUAUUGUGAAUCUUUAAGUUUUAAAGAAGUAAUUGAAAUGAAAUUUUUAAAUUGGAGUGAUACAGCUUUUAUAAAAUUGCUCAGAUAUAAAAUCAUUAUCCAUGUCAAUGAAGAUAAAAAUGCAUUAUUUAAGAUAUAUGGACAAAUUUCCAAUUCAAAAGACCUCCAAAAGGAAGAUGAAACCCACCCAGUUAUUCAGACCCCUUUUUAUAGCUCUAUUGACUAUGCCCAAUUAAGAAAAAUUGAAAGAAUUAAUUUUAAUCAUAAUUAUUGCAAUCAAAUUGGAAAAGAGCAUAGCAUUGAUGAAGGAUGAUGCAUUUGUAGUGAGCGUGGACUGGAAAAUUUCUUUAAAAAUGAUAAAUUGGUUAACCAGUAUUUGAGAACCAAAACAAGAUUUUCUAUCAAUGUUGGAUCUAAAAGCUCAAGUUGUGAAACAACUUGUAAUAAAAUAAACAAAGGAUGUGAAAAUCUUGAGUUCGCAUUAUUAAACUCUAAGAAAUUCUUGCAAGAAUACUGGCUAGACUAUGUAACUAAUGAUAAAGAUUACAUAAUUAUCAAAGAAGCCAUAUACAUAAAAUGGCGUAUGGCGACCGACCCACCCUCUCAGUGGUGGUUACCCAUGUAUAUCCGGGCAUGGUUUUUGGAGCCAGGAAUUAGCCCAACAACGUCUGGGACCUCGAAGCGAGAGGCCUAAGCGCGAGAGCCGCUGUUUUUGCGACCAGACCCAUGGGCAGUUAUUCGUGACUUCUUUAUGCCAGCAGCGCUCAGCCCAGUGAGUGCCCGAAAUGAGGCAGGGCGACUUACCUGCCUAAGCUGCUUUAGUGGCUCGCCCGAAUGGCGAAAGCUGUUGAGUUCUUUCUCGGGAUGACCGGAAAAGAGGGGAGGCGAGUUAGACACCAAAACGGGGGUCUCUCCAGUUGAAAAGGUGCCCUUCAAUGGGCAGAUCUGGCGGACGACGAAGCGGAGUUGGCGUAAACUUAGGCGACGAUCCAAGUUGGAAAUGGAGGUGGUCAGCAAAGCCGGUAUAAGACGGCCCUUGACAAUACCUCUACCGAGAAAAACCGGGGGUUUCGGCCCGGGCUUGGUGAACGCUCUGCCACCACUCGGGAAGCCGUGGCAUGCGACCUCGGACGUAGUAGGGACCUUAAAUACCCAGCGUAAUCUUAAUCUUAAUCUUAAUCAAAGAAGCCAAAAAAGAAAUAAAUAGCGACAUAUUAGGAGUAGAAAAUAAAGCAAUUCAUAUAUUUAGCAAUCCCACAUUUUCAUGCAAAGUUUCUAGCUCCCCCUCCGUGAGCGAACAAAAAAAUCUUGUUCGCUAUUGGAGGGGGGUUAAUUUUUUUCGAAUUUAAAAAAAUCCUAAUUCGCAAAAAUUGGAAAGCAAAUAUUAAUUUAAUUUGUAAAAAAAUGUAUGGUGUAUUUACCUUUCAUCGCUAUAAGUUUUUAUAUAUUAUAUUUAUCCAUUAUUGUAAUAAAAAUAAUUAAUUCAUUAAUUCUAACCUAUGUUUUAAAACGUAAUUUGUUUUUAAAAUUAAGCAGAAUUGGCUCGAGAUUUCAUUAUACUAAUUAUCACUUAUAUAUCAAAAUUUUUGUUCUCUCACGGAGGGUGGGUUUUUGGGCAAAAAUAUCUUUUUUUUCUAAUGGUUUUGCUCGCUCACGGAGGGGGGGAUUAAGCGGAAUGUUAGACCAAUCUGUCCUUGUGCUUAA